AUGAACGACAUUCCUAUCCAAUUAGGCCAUUAUCAUCUGAGUAAAACACUCGGUAUUGGCUCGUUUGGUAAAGUCAAAUUGGCUGAACAUGAUAUUACGGGACACAAAGUGGCAAUUAAAAUUCUCAAUCGCAAUAAAAUUCGCAGUCUCGAUAUGAGCGAAAAAGUCCGGAGGGAGAUUACAUUAUUACGCAAAAUGCGUCAUCCCCAUAUUAUCCGACUGUACGAGGUAAUUGAUACACCAACGGAUAUUUUCAUGGUGCUCGAGUAUAUUGCCGGUGGAGAACUCUUUGACUAUAUUGUGUCAAAAGGCCGGUUGGCUCCAGAAGAAGCGAGACACUUUUUUCACCAGAUUAUUUCGGGAGUCGAGUACUGCCAUUUCCAUCGGAUUGUGCAUCGAGACUUGAAACCUGAAAAUUUGCUGCUGGAUGCUGAUAACAAUAUUAAAAUUGCAGACUUUGGGCUGUCGAACAGUAUGGAGGACGGAGAUUUUCUACGGACAUCCUGUGGAUCUCCAAAUUACGCAGCACCGGAAGUAAUUUCCGGUAGUUUGUAUGCUGGUCCAGAAGUCGACGUCUGGUCUUGUGGUGUUAUUCUGUAUGCACUAUUGUGUGGUAGUCUACCGUUUGAUGACGAAAGCAUCCCUAAUUUGUUCAAGAAGAUUCGAGGUGGCAUGUACUCGCUGCCAAGUCAUUUGUCCGAGAUGGCGCGCGACCUCAUCCCGCGUAUGCUCGUGGUAGACCCUAUGAAACGUAUUACGAUCCCAGAAAUCAGGCAGCAUCCAUGGUUCCAAAUCGAUCUCCCGCCGUAUCUACAGCACCCACCGGAAAUUGUAGAGAACGAGACGUUCAAGAUUGACGAGGAGUGCCUAUCACAAUGCUUGGCACUGAACUAUGCAGCUAAUGUCGAACACGAACAGCUCGUGGCACUUCUUAUGAGGCGAGAGAACCAUCCGCUUCGUGUGGUGUACGAGCUUAUUCUUGAUCACAAGAACGCCAAGAUUCGCAUUGAUGAAUUGCGGGACGUGCGCACGGUGAAUAACAAGCCGAAAACGUUCUCAACUCCUGAGCCUAGUACAUUGUUGCUACCUGGACGAGGACCGCUUCCAAUGGCGGCAUCUCCUUUGGUGACACCCUCGUCAGCUCUCGCUGACCCACGGAAUUUUGGUGGGCGAGGAAUUAAUAUUCCAGGGCAGGGUUCGCGAAUGUCAAUAGCUGGAGGCAACGGCAUGCUUGGCUUUGAAGAUGGCCAUGGUAGUGCCGCUCCUACGCCCAAGCGGCGACGGUGGUACCUGGGAAUCCAGUCAAAGAAAGAGCCGGCUCAUGUAAUGUCCGAGGUCUACAAAGCACUUUUCGUGCUCCACUUUGAGUGGAAAGUGGUGGCGCCGUACCGCGUCAAGUGCAGAUGGCAAUCUUCAGGAGAAGACACAAAUGGCAGCGCAGUAAUGAGUCCAGAGGAGGCAAUGUUGCAACAGCAAAUGCAGCGCAUCAAGAUUGGUCUUCAGCUGUAUAAGGUGCAGCAGCAUAUCUACCUACUUGACUUUCAACGUCUGGAUGGGAAUGCCUUCACGUACAUGAAUCUGUGUGCUCGAAUUAUUACGGAGCUCAAGACGCUCUCAGGUAUUCGGCCACUUGCAAGUGGCCACGACCCGCGUUUCGGCGGCGACGGCAGUGGCAACGUGAACUCGGUGCACCUGCAUGCCCAGGGUGCCCAAUAA